AUGAGCAGCAGCAGCUCCGACAAUGAAGACGAUUCCAGUGAACUGCUGGACGAUGAGAGCAGUUUGUCGUCAGAAAGCGAGUCUGAGCACGAUGAAGAACACGCACCUGUUGAAAGUGUACCGCCCAAGGAGCCUGAGUCCCCUGAUAAUAUGGCUGUGGAUGAAGACUAUCUCACCAAGCACCAGAACGUAUUCAGCAAAUUCAAGAGAUCAGCCAUAGAACAACCGGCAGAAGAGGCCCCCGAGGCUAGUGAUGAGGAUGUUCAGGACAUUGGUCCCCUUCCCCAACCUACGUUGCCUCGGGACUACAGACUCAAAAUCACCCAGUCCAAUCAUCUCGAUUGGCUCUCCAAACCCAUAUACUCAAAACCAGAACACACGUGGCCGUUCGAGACAUUUGACUUAUCCGACACCAUGAAGUCCAACCUCGCUACCGGUGGGUUUAUUGACGCUUUCUCGGUUCAAGUGACUGUGCUAGAAAUGAUGUUAAAAGACACCAAGGAAAACAAACUCAAGCCAGACUCAAAUGGUGAUAUUCUUGUCAAUGCCAGCACUGGGUCCGGAAAAACGUUGGCAUACCUGAUCCCCAUCAUCGAGAGUUUGUGUACACGGGUGGUGCCGCGGGUACGGGCCAUUAUUCUUGUUCCCACCAAGCCUUUGGUGAGCCAAGUCAAACAAACACUUUUGCAACUUCUGAAAGGAACAAGUUUGUACGUGAUGAACCUCCGGAACGACAUUUCGAUACGAGAGGAGGCAGAGAAGCUCACGGGGAACCCUCCCGAUAUCAUUGUGUCGACUCCGGGCCGGUUAGUGGAGCAUGUGACGGGAAACUCCAUUGAUUUAAAUAGCUUGCGAUACUUGGUUAUUGACGAAGCCGACAGGUUAUUAGGUCAAUCGUUCCAAAACUGGAGCCGUGUAUUGGUGGAGCGUCUUGAAGCCAAACAACUGUCGAUGGUGGAGCUGUGGAAGUUAAGGGUGCAAAAACUAGUGUUUUCAGCGACGUUAACAACCGAUGCAGGUAAAUUGGCAAUGCUUCAUUUCUACAAACCCCGGUUGGUGAUAGUCAAUGACGAAGAAAAGCUUGUGAACGAGAUGUUUUCGACGCCCCGGACGUUGAGCGAGUUCACGCUCCAGUUUAGCAGUAAUAAGAGUUCCUUGAAACCAUUAAUAUUGGCAAAAUUCUUGAUGAAAAGCAACAAAUUGUCAAACGUUUUGGUGUUCACAAAGUCCAAUGAGGCGUCUAUCCGGUUGUCCAAAUUGCUCUCACUCGUGUUUGAUGGGUUUGGGGUUUCGAUGGUGGUGGAGUAUCUCAAUUCCACCAAUAAUUCCACCAUGGCCAGAAAGAAGCUCUUAAUGGCCUUUGAUCUGGGUCAAGUGAAUGUGUUGGUGGUUACGGACUUGAUUGCAAGAGGGAUCGAUGUUUUGAGUAUCACUGAUGUGGUAAACUACGAUAUGCCCAAUUCUUCAAGAGAGUAUGUACAUCGGGUAGGAAGAACUGCGAGAGCCAACAAUGAUGGAAGAGCUUAUAAUUUUGUUUUUGGAAAGGGAGAGAUGAGGUGGAUGAGCCGAUUGUUGAGAGAUGUGAGUCGAAGCCGAGAGGUUGAAAUGGUUGAGGAGAUGUUUUUGGAUGAGGGUGAUGAGGAGGUGUAUAGGAAGUGUUUGGGAGAGUUGCAAAACAUUGUUGAGAGAUGACAGUAAGAAAAUCCUACAGGUGAGACUGCUGCUAGAUUGUGGAUAGUUAAUAGAUAAGCAUAGUUAAGCAUUACAAAGCAUAUUAUGGCCUGGUAGAUUGUGUCUAGAUUGCUGCAAACGCGCAUAAAAAAGUCAUCACCAUGAGUGAACUCGAAUCCCUAGGAGUACAGAUCGUGGACCAGGAUGACCUUGAGACGUCCAUCACCAAGAAGGCCAACGAGGUACUUCUUGCCAAAGACAAGCAGUUGGAGCAAAAACGGUUGGAAAAAACCAUGGCAGAUGCCGAAAAAGUCCACAAAAAGAUCGGUAUACUCGAACGAAGACUUGCGGACCCCCGUACAAAAAUCUCCCACCGCAAGCAGAUCCGCCAGGAAAUUGACUGGUUCACCUUGAAUGAACUAGUACCAUUACAGGAAGACUUGAAGGAGAUCGAAGGACGGUUGGCCGAAAGCUCCAAGCAGCUUGAAGA